AUGCCCAGAAUCAAGACAAAUAGGACAAGAAAGGCCCCUGAUGGGUUCGAUAAAAUCGAAGAAACUCUAAGAGAAUUUGAAAUACAACUUAAAGAAAUUCAAAACAAGAAGACGUCCAAAUUAAGUGCCAAUUCUAAGGAAAACGAAUGGGAGAUUAUGAGAAUCAACAACGAACGGUCUAGAUACGUGUAUAGUUUAUUUUACAAAAGGAAAGCAAUCUCCAGGGACCUAUAUGAAUGGUUAUUGAAGGAGAAAUAUGCAGACAAAUAUCUUAUUGCAAAGUGGAAAAGAAAAGGUUAUGAAAAAUUAUGUUGUAUCCGUUGCAUUCAAACCGAUGAAACGAUACAGGGCAAAACAUGUAUAUGUAGAGUGCCUAGAAUUCAACUCGAGAACGAAUCAUCUAGACAAGAGAAUAAAGUAACAUUCCAGCAAUGUGUUCACUGUGGCUGUAGCGGUUGUUCAAGCACAGACUGA